AUUGGCCCUGGUUGGCGUCCGUGGGCGGAGCUAGGAGGGGAGAGCGGUUGGUGCGCAGGCGCGGAGCGGCCAUCGCUUCUGACAGAAACUGCGGGCUCAUCCGUCGCCAUCAUGUCGAUCUUCACACCCACCAACCAGAUCCGCCUGACUAAUGUGGCCGUGGUGCGCGUCAAGAGGGCAGGGAAGCGCUUCGAGAUCGCCUGCUACCGGAACAAGGUCAUGGGCUGGCGGAGCGGCACGUAAGUUGACCGGAAGCGGGGGCGGGGCAUGGGCCGGAAACGAAGAGAUUGAGAUUCACAGAUAAACAGCCUCUCAGAGUUUUCUUGACCUAAUGGUUAAAACAGAGGGUUUCUGAGCAUGCACAGAGUGCAAGGCUAAAUUCCUGUGCCUGCUUACCCACAUAGCUUUUCGAUAUUGUUAUAUUGAUCGUUUAUUACCCACCCUUCACCCUAAGCUUCCAGGGCAGGUUAACAGCAUUAAAGCUCAAUAUUAAAAUCAGUUUAAAACAACAUACAGCUUAUUAAUUAAAGUAGCAGCAGCCAGUACUGUCGAAGCAAGCGUAAUAUCCAAAUGCCUAAUCUUGGUAUGGUUAAAACUGGAAUUAAUAUCUGCUAGUGUAGUGUAGUGUAGUGUAGUGGUUGGAGCAUUGGACAAGUAUCUGGGAGACCAAAGUUCAAAUCCCCAUUCAGCCAUGAAGCUCACUGUGUGGGAGCCAGUCAUGGUCUCUCAGCCUCACCCACCUCACAGGCUUAUUGUGAGGAUAAAAAGGAGAAGGGGAGAACUAUGUACAUGAGCUCCUUGGAAAGACAGGUGGGAUAUAAAUGUAACAAAUAAAUAAUAAGAUGUAGUGAUGAUCACCAACUUGAAUGGCUUUAAACGAGGGUUAGACAAACUCACGGAGGAGGAGAUAGCCAGGGACUACUAGCCACAAAGGCUAUGUUUUGCAUCCACUGUUGGAGGCAGUAUGCCUCUGAGAACCAGUUGCUGGGGAUCACAAGUGGGGAGAGCACUGCUGUUGCACUCAGGUCCUGCUUUCCAUUAGGGCAUCUGAUGAGAUCAGGAUGCUGAUCUCAUGCCUUUGGCCUCAUCCAGCAGAGUUCCUCUUAGGUUCUUAGGCAGUUUUGUAGUCAUUGCCACCUUAAAGUACUGGCAAAUGACUGACCAUAAUGUUCUUAGUAUUUGCAUCCAGUCCUUGUGCGAUUAUUCCAGAAUGUGCUUUACUCAUUAAAAAAAAAUAUUUCUUAGGGAAAAGGACCUUGAUGAAGUCCUGCAGACACACACCGUCUUUGUGAAUGUCUCCAAGGGCCAAGUGGCAAAGAAGGAAGAGCUGGUCAAAGCCUUUGGCACGGAAGACCAGACAGAAAUCUGCAAGAUGGUAGGCUCUCAAGAUGUCUGUUGGGAGGCAGACAGCCUCCCCUCUCUUUCUCUUGUUAAAAUGCCUUUGGGUCAUCCUCUAAUGCCACAAUGAGUACGCACAGUGGUCAGGCCAAGUUUGAUAGUGAUGAUGUCAAGCAACUUGGUUUGAAGUCAAAUUGUGUGGGAAGAGGCAUCGUGUUUUGCAAGACCUGACAAUCACAUAAUUGGCGGCAUCAGCAACCCCCCCUUUCAGCCAGCCAGUCUUCAUCUGUACCUGUUCCACAUAUGACAUCGUAUGCGGCAGGUAUAGGGCUGAAAUGGCCUCAUGGACUAAACGGGGAGAACUGGUGGGCCAAAUUAGGCCCAUAGGCUAGAAGUCCCCACCACCACUACCGUAAUACAAAUUUGCAAUUUCCCCCCCACAAAAUUCAAGCUAGUCAUUCUUCCAGGGCUUGCUGCCUGGGGUAACCUGUCUAGCUGUACCGGAAAAUUUCAGAAGACUGGACCAGAUUUUUGCAUCCUUUGAAUCAGAAAAUGGCAGCAUCCAAACACAAAGCUUCUCUUGCUUUCAGAUUCUGGCCAAGGGAGAGCUGCAAGUGUCGGAUAAAGAGCGGCACACGCAGCUGGAGCAGAUGUUUCGUGACAUUGCAACCAUUGUGGCAGAGAAAUGUGUGAACCCAGAAACAAAGAGGCCGUACACAGUCAUCCUCAUUGAAAGAGCUAUGAAGGAUAUUCACUACUCAGUCAAACCUGGAAAAAGCACCAAGCAGCAGGUAAGUGACUCCCACAGGAGACCAUCUCAUCUCUAGUGGUGUGCCAUGCUAAGCUCCUGAAUCAGUUUUAUUUUUAUUUAAGAGUAUUUUAUUUUAGCCUUUUGGGGGGCAAGCCCAUAGGAAGUACCCAUAUUCCUGCUCCAACUUCUCCAGGUAGUUCUCCUGCCUGAAACCCUGGAGAGCCACUGCCAGUCAGUGUAGACCAAAGGUUGAAUUUGCAUAAAGCAGCUUCUUUUGUUAAUUAGGAGCAGUGCAGUGAUCUCUCUCUUGCUGCUUCUGAGCUGGGGAAGGAAGCCUACUGGAAGUGAUUUACCUUCUACUCUUCCUGGGGGGGCAAACAGUAGUCACAGUUAACGGAGCUUAACUAGAGACAGUGAUUAAGUAGUUAAGUUUUGAACUAGGACUCAGGACAUCCAGGUUCAGUUCCCUGCUAGGCCAGCCAAUCUCUCUGUAUCAGGUUUGUUGGGAAGAGUAAAGGGGCAGAGGAGAGCUGCAGGUGCCAGGUGUGAGCAUAAGGAUGAGAUAUUAGACGUGGACCAGGGAACCAGUACAUUUUGUAAUUUUAUAUAUCGUGGAAUUUUACAUAUCGUAACUUUGCUGUUAUUUUUAUUGAUUACAGUCUAGUAAUGAUUCAUUGUAAUUGCUUAGAAUGAAUUUCUGUUUAAUUAUUAUUUGCUUCUAUUUUGAGAGAGAAUUUUGUUGUGUAAGGUUACAUUCUAAAUGGAUUACUGAAUGUUUCUUUACUUGAUAUAAGUUAUUUAUUUUAAAGUCAUGUUUUUAAUUAUGGUUUAUUGGCUUCAGAUCAGAUUGCUAUAGGAUGUGUGAUCUUUGCUGUAUAUUUUGUACAGUGGUACCUCUAGUUGCGGACACCAUCCAUUCCAGGGUGCUGUUCGCACCCCGAAAAGUUUGUAACUAGAGCGGCGCUUCUGUGCAAGCGCGGAGCGCGAUAGAGUGCUUCUGCACAUGUGCAAAAUGCACAGAACACUUCUGUGUGUGUGCGUGUGGCGAAACUUGGAAGUAUACACUUCCGGGUUUGCUAUGUUUGCAAGCCAAAAAGACGCAAUAUGAACCUAACGCAACACAAGGUAUGACUGUAUUCUGUGUGGCUUGUAAAGUGUGAAGGCCUUGCUUUUGAAAUGUCAGAGCCCACUGUCCCUCAGCUGGACAAGUAAGCCUCUUGAUUUUCCCCGCAGGCCUUGGAGGUAAUCAAGCAGCUGAAGGAGACUAUGCAGAUUGAGCGGGCGCACAUGCGUCUCCGCUUUGUCCUCCCCCGGAAAGAGGGGAAGAAGCUGAAAGAGAAGCUGAAGCCCCUGAUCAAAGUAAUCGAGAGUGAGGAUUUUGACGAGCAGCUGGAAAUUGUAAGUCAAAGAGACAUUUUCUGGAGGGGGAGGGGAGGUAAGUGAUUCCUCUAGGAUCCCUGAUCACAUGCAAGGAGCCAUAGAGAUGGGGAGUCACCUUUACAGCCUAGCCAAUUGCAUGUUGGCUUGCGAGGGGGCCCAGUGGAUUCAGUAGGGCCUUCUGCUGGGUAAAUCAGUAUAAGAUUGUAUCCAUAGGCCAUACCAAUCAAUGAAUGGUUGUGAAGAAUUUUAGCAAAUAAAUGUUAGAAGAGCCCUGCUGGAUCAAGCCUGUGGUGCAUCUAGUCCAGCAUCCCGUUCUCACAGUGGCCAGCCAGGUGCCUGUGAGAUACCAGCAAGCAGGAUUUGAGCCCAAGAGCAUUUUCGCCUCCUGCGGUUUCCAGCAACUGGCGUUCAGAAGCAUUGCUGCCUUCAACUGUGGUGGCAGAGCAGAGGCAUGAUUGGGUGCCGCGGUCACUAUUGGUGUAUUCCCUCACCUGGUGCCUGCCCUUCAGGUGUUGUUGGACUACAAUUCCCAUCAGCCCCAUCUAGUCCUUCAUACUGUGUGAAAUUCACAGCUGCUAAAUGUGGGUGAUGGAUGGCUAGUGGCUUAGAUGACUUCAAUACCCUUUGAAACACAUUUGAGGACGACUCUGCAGGUGGCUGAAUGGAAGCUCCUGCUCAGAGGCUGCUGCUUGGGCAGAACGGAACUGCCAGAAUGGGCCUCUUGCCUUUUUUUGUGGGCUUUUGGAGGCAUCUGGCUGGCUGCAUCUGGGCUUUUGGAGGCAUCUGGCUGACGCAGGGUGGAGGGCUAGGUGAAGCCACCUGGAUCUGACCCAGCCGAGCAUUUCUCCAUAAGAGGCCACCUGUCCAGUCUGAUGCAAAUGCCAAUGUUACAGGUGUGCCUUGUGGAUCCAGGCUGCUUCCGGGAGAUUGACGAGUUGAUCCGGUGUGAGACCAAAGGCAAAGGGACCCUUGAAGUGCUCAGCCUGAAAGAUGUGGAAGAAGGGGAUGAGCGCCUGGAGUAGCCGCCGACCAAUCCCACCCCAACCCCAGCAAGAACUGUAUUAAAGGCUCCCUCGCGUCGCCUGUUUGUGGGUUGACCUUUGCUAUUUUCCCAAUUCUUGUUUGAGCUUUUCUUUGGGUGUUAAUCCCACCCCAACCUUGGUGAGUGGUUGCAUUUGAAGGUAACUUGGAGAAUAAGAACCUUCUCAUUUGACUCAAAAGGUGGGAAGCCCUCCCUAGUCGGGUUGGUUCUGCUGGGACUAUUUCCUCGUUCUUUGAGUGCUUAGUUGCAGGGGGUCGAGGGUCCACAAAAUGCCAAAACGUCUUUCCUUAAAGACUGAAGAACUGCAGCAGGCUUUGAGCUGCGACCGCCACUUGUCAGAGAAGAAACUGACCAUAGCCACUAAAAAUAAAUAAAUGGAAAAGCAAGCAUUGGCAGGCCUGAUCCUGCCACAGCCUUAGUAUGCAGCCCCCCUUCCCAGUUGCCUUUUCGUUGCCUGCUGUGAAGGACAGUGACAAGAGAAUGUUGAACGCGGUCUUCUGUGUGUGUGCCAUGGAACCAGCUUGUGGGUUGCUGGGCCAGGAGGAAGAUCUGUGUGCCCAGCCUUCUGCAGCUGGUUUUGAGUUCCAGCAGCACCACCGUAUGCUUUUAGUGGCUGCGGAGUCAUUGUUUAUGUUGUGGGACCCGUCAAAGCACUGACCAGACACAGAAAAGCCAAGCUCUAGAAAUAAUUGUUCAGAUAAUUUAUUUUGGAAAAAAGAAAAUUAUAUUUACAAUAACUUAAAAUAUAGAAAUCAGUAUUUAUUUCAUAGAUCAGCCUCUUGAUCUAGCAAAAGGCCUGGCCUGGGUUCCAGUGACUCUCUACCCUUCCCUUGAGUUCUUUCCAUUCAUUGUACCAACUGAUGGUUUGGCAAAUAGACCACACAGGUGAAGACAAUUUAGGUGCCAAGUAGAAAAUGCCAGGAGGCCCUUAAUUUCCUGUAGAUAAGUUUGGGGUUACAGUCAGAUUCCCCGCCCCCCAAAAAAAGCAUUUCCUGCCUGAGUUCAUGUCGUUCUCUAGCGCUCUGCAGAGAACGAAAUGCAGCUGCUGCACCUUUAACCUCAGAUACUAGACACUAAGAAAGAGAACUUUAUAAGGCAAGACAUUGUUUUUUCCUUCUAAUGUUGCACUGAUGAGAUGCCAUGAAAGUAUGUUUUAUGCGUGAAAUAGGGAAGAGUCACCCUGAUGUCAUCCGUCCCCCAUCCCUGUUAUGGGUGCUGCUGAAUAGGGAACACCUGUGACCCUCCAUAUGAUGAUGCUGUGCUUGUUGGUCCCCGUGAGCCUCAGCCAUCAUUGCCAAGUAAGGUCAAAGAUGCAGAGAGUUGUCCAGCAACCCCUGAAGGGCUGCAGUUUCUCCAUCCCUGCCUGCUCUUAAGGAACAUAGACACAGCUCCCCAGCUUUUGGAGGGAGGAGCAGACGCUGGCUAGAAAGAGAACUGAUUCCUCCACGUUGCAUUGUUUGUGAGUGCAGAGGGGAGCUUCUGAUGAGAGACUUGUGUUAUUUUGGCCUUUACAAAAUAUAAAAUGCAGAAUCUUCACAUUGGAUACUGACAUUAAAAUUAGCUUUCUGCUGACUCCUCUUCCUCCAUCUUUUGUUUCAAGCCUCUUUCUUUGUGACUGUUUACAACCCUAACCCUUGACUGAAUGGCUGAUAUGCAGAUUCUAACUAAGGAGUUCCCUGUGCAUGUUUACUCAGGGACAGGUCUUGGUGUGUUUCUAUAAUCCUAGAUGCUUACUCCCAAGUAAGCCCCACUGAAAAGAAUGGGAGUUACUUCUAAGUGGGCAGCAUAGGAUCAGCCUUCUCACAAUCUGGUCCCCUCUGAUAGGGGCUACAACUCCCAUUCCAAGAAAGAUUUCUAAAACAUGCGUUAAAGCCCACAUCAGCUUGGGAAUGCAUAUGGCAUAGUCGUUUUAAACCGCUUUUAGUUAAACCGUUUCAAAUUUUGUCUCUUAAUUCAAAGCCCUUUGUCAUCUUUUAAUUUUUUUUUUAAAUGGCAUUAAUAAUAGCUGCAGAAUUCUCUACAUUCAUCACAAUACUUGUGAACAUAACCAUCCACACAGAUUCCUAAAUGCACAGGACCUGAUUCAGUUAAGUUCUGAUUACAGUCCCAUUGCUUUUCAGUGGAACACGGAGCUGGUCACAACAAACAGCUUUCAGUUCUUAGAAGGCAAGUCCCACUAUGUUCAGUGGGACUUAUUUCCAAGUAAGCUUAAUUGCUGAUUUAGUCGCAACUAACUUUAGCCAAAUUGGGGCCAUACCUUAAUUAUUAUAGAACUGUGCGUAAGUGUACCUAUUGAAAUGCUGAGUCACCACUAAAUACAUGAAGUUUUAUUAAAGCUUCAGGUUGAUACCUGAGGUGUGGGGGGAAGCCCUACCCACCUCUGGUGUAUCCAGUAUCACCAGAUCUGCUUGUGAAGGCAAGAAACACAUCCUGGGAACCAAAGUAGGGCACAGAUGUGGCAGGUUUCUACAACAGUCUUUCUAGGAUCUGAGAGUAGCCUUUAGACUUUCUCAAAACAAAUGGUGACCAAGCUGCAGACAGUCGCCUUAAGGCUCUUCAGAUAUAGAUCACAUCUGUUUUGUGUUGUUGUACCUGAGUAGAGACAGAAAAUAAAGGUAUUUCAGCUUGAAAAAGCAGGUGUAGGACAGGAUUUGGAACUGAAAAGACAGAGAAACUUUUUUGAAAGCUGCAGGUAAUGUUAUGUACACAGAGAUAGCCACUGGAUGGAUUUAAGGAAGGAAUGGAUGAGGGAUGGAGAAUCUGGGGACCUCUGGAUGUUGUCGGACUCAAACUCCCAUCACUCUUCAGGUGGCAUGGCCAGUGUUUAAGGAUGAAGGGAGCUGAAGGCCAGCAACAUCUACAGCAAGCGUGGGAAGCCUUUGGCCCUCCAGAUGUUGCAGAACUACAUCUACAAACUACAAGUGUGGCCAAUUGCAGGGGAUGAUGGGAGUUGUGGUUCAGCAACAUCUGGAGUGCCAAAGGUUCCCCACAUUUGAUCUCAUGAAACCAACAAGUUCUCCAUCUCUGGAUUAGCCAAAUCCAUAGAGGACGGGCCUAUCAAUGGCUGUUAACCACAAGAGCUACAAUAAGUGGAACCUUCAUGUUCAGAGGCAAUAUACCUGAGUGCCCAUGUGCUGGAACCACACACAAGGAUGAGCCAUGAUCUUCAGGCCUGAUAGCAGCACCUGCCCAAAAGCUUCAAUUGGAAAUAGUGUCACACUCCAUGGGAAUUUGCGCCCUGAUUCUGCGCACCAGGUUUUGUGUGAAUAUCUCGGUCAAAAUAGCACAUAAGCAGCCCAAGAGAGCAGCUGGCAAAAAAGACACAAUUUGAACCAGGAAGUGUAGAAGGUCGCCAAGCUCAGUUACCUUAAUGUGCUUCCUUAUUCCUGUGCCCACAUUACUGGCAGCCAAGGCAUCUGUCUCAAAAGAGGGUUUUUCCGCUGGCGUUCUGGGCAGAGAGCCGUUGGUCCCGUUGAGUGGGCACGGCACGAAAGGCUGCUGCAGGCUGUCCAACAAGUCCACUUCAAAGGGGUUCAUCCACAAAGGGGUCUUAGAAAAACAACACACACAUUGGCCAUUAACAUCCUGCUAAAAUCAGGAUGCAUCUAUACUGCAUCCAUUUUAGUCUGUUUGAUCCUCAUGACUCCCUGCUCAAAAAAAGACUUCAAGGAACUGUAGUUCCGUGAAAGCACCAAGCACUCAAUUUUCUACUAAAGAGAUGCUCAGCUCCUUCACAAGCAGGCUCAAACCCUAGAAAGUUUCUGCCAGUCAAUGUAGAUGCUACAGAGCUGGAUGGACCAAGUAUCUCACUCUGUAUGUCAGCUUCCUGUGUUCAAAGAGUAGGGAAGCAAAAAUAGGAACCCAGGAAGCUGCCUUAUACGGAGUAUAAGACCUUUGGCCCAUCUAGCUCUGCAUUGUCUACACAGACAAUGUGGCAACGGCUCUCCAGGGUUUCAGACAAGUGAAUUCCCAUCUAUACCUAGAGACAAUGGGGAUUAAACCUGGGAUCUUCUGCAUGCAAAGCUGAUGCUCUUACCAGUGAGCUAUGGACCUGUCCCUUUAAAAUGACUUCUUCCCCUAAUGUUCAAGGAGUCCAUGGUUAGGUCUCAGCCAGGUCCUGCUAGGGAUCAGGUUGGUGUCUUUCCCUGGAAUGCCACCCUCAAAAGCACAUCGGUGCCACUAAGUGCCACAGAGAAGAGGCUGCAAUAUUGGUUCUCAGUAUAAAUGCAGCUGACAUUGCUAGAUACUUAAAAGGCUCAGGUCAAGGCUUGUGGACUGGUGAGCAUGGCUUGGAGAGGGGGGCUAACCUUCGUGGGCUGGACCCCUUCACGUGUCAAGAUUGGCCGCAGACCAGAGGUUUCCCAGCCCUGUGGUAACAAGUUACUGUGCUAUAUUUUGCAUACAAUUUAAUUAUAUUUUUAAAUUUGUUUUUAAUGCUAUGUUUUAAUGCUGUAGCCUGCCCUAGGACCUUAGGGUGAAGGGCAGGUAAUAAAUAAUAAUAAUAAAAAAUAAUCUUGCAUUUC